UCCGACCCCACCUCCACCCCCACCACCAAUCCCAGCUCCAAGCCCAGAACCUCCUCCGCUGCCACCAUGGCUUCCCCCACCUUCUCCAUCUCCACCUCAAAAACCGCCUCCGUCACCCCUGCCACCACGACCCUCACCACCGAACCCCUCUCCGCCCCCACCUCCCAGCCCCUCACCUCCUCCCAGCCCUUCACCACCCAGCCCUCCACUACCUCCCAGGCCUUCACCUCCACCGAGCCCAUCACCUCCGCCCUCGCCCCCACCCCCUAGGCCCAGCCCCCCACCUCCUAGCCCUCGACCGCCUAGCCCCCCACCUCCAAGCCCACCAAUUGACCCCUGUGUGCUCUGCCAGACGUGCCUCACCGCUCUCGAGCCCAUUGCAACCCAAGCCGCAAACAAAUCCUCACCCGAAGUAGGCGCCACUGCCACUGCAGACGCCUUCCUGAAAAUCUGCAAGGCCCAGCCGGCUUUCCCUGCGAAAGCCUGCUCUCUGGUCUCUACAGCCAUUAUGCAAGGCACCACUCAGAUCGCCGCUCGCGCGGGUCAGAUGUGCGCGCAGCUGGGCGUGUGCAGCACCGCCCUCAAGUGUUACAGCCUCACGGCCGCCAGCAUCAACACCCCUAGGACCAAUCUGACUGGCAGUCUGGACUUGUGCGCGGCUGAGGGCGUGACUGGCGGAAAGAAGGUCACCCUGCCCAGCGCCAGCACCACCGCCAGCAGCUGCCGUUCCCGCUCAGACUGCGGCAGUGGGCAGGUGUGCUACUUUGACACGAGCGCGGCUGUCAAGCCCCGUGUCUGCGGCUGUGAGGCUGGUAAUGACGUGUGCUACGAUAUCGGCACUUGUGUCAGCUAUUGCGAUCUCAACUCGACGGUUACACAGCUUGAGCGCCUGAACAGCGGUAUCUCCACCUGCACCCCGACCGACAAUGGCAGCGGCACUGGCUGUGCGGACAACGAGUUGUGCGUUCAGGUCGCCAACUGCCAGCGCUGGCAGUGCAAUGCGGCGAGCCAGUCGCUUGUGCCCGUCUCGUGUGAUGGCAAGUGCAGGCCGAAGGACCUUAAGCCCCUUUCUGCCAAGAUCUCUGAUGACGGGCAGUCGGUGGUGGUCACCCUCAACGCCUACGCCACCAAACUGUCAUCGGUACCUUGCGGCCGUAUCUUCGACGCCGCUUCUUCCGCUCUCCUGGGUGGUGCGAGUGCGGCGAUGUGCAGCACCUCCGACAACACCCUCACCGCCAAGAUGGGACCGACGGCGAAGCUCAUGCCUGGGAACUCGCUUACCUUGCUGACCUCCACCUCGGCCCUGGUGGGGCAAGUGGACUCAACUCUGGUCUUCACCGGCUCUGUGACGGUGGAUUCCUGCACCGCAUGUGUCGUCCCCAAGGUUGCUCUGGCGGGCCCCUCCGCCAUCACCACCCCGUGCACCGACAGCAGCAGCAGUAGCAGCCUGCUGCAGGCCGCGGGGGCCGUGCCGCCGUCCUUCGACGCCUCGCUCUCCUACGACCCCUCGGGCCGCACGACCUGGUCCAAUGUCCAGUGGUCCCUGGCCGACUCCUCGGGGUCUGCUGGCGGUCGUGCCACACUGCAGGCCGCCAUCGACCGCACCAACGCUGUUUCCAGCCCCAACAGCCGCCUGGUUCUGUCACUCAUGACGACCGAGGCCAAUUCGCUGCCCGAGUCGACGUACACGCUUCAGGCUACCCUAACGUCCUGGCUGGGCACGUCCGCAUCUAAAACCUUUAGCUUUGCCAAGACUGGAGAUGAUGCUCCUCCGGCUGUAAAGAUCGUGGGGCCAGCCGUCCAAACCUUCCGGCUGUCAUCCGGAAUGCGAGUUUCUGCUGCAGUUGGGCAAGUGUGCAGUGGCCGCACGCUGAGCUGGCUGUGGACCUCCCCCUCCGGCUGGUCGGCCAUUCCGGAGGCGGGAUCAUCGGCGCAGCAGCUCUAUGUGGCCGCACCCGUGGCGGCAGUACACGGACAGGACAUUGUGCUGCGUGUGAACGUAUCCUAUGCGGGAAUCAGCUCAGUGGCCGCGGGCACUGACACCGUGACGAUGACGGCUGUGGGUGCGGCGCCCUCGGCCAAGCUGUCUGGCCCCAGCGGUGACGUGGCUGACGAUACCACGCUGGUGUUCAACGCAACCACCUCAACUGACCCGGACACCACCCGCGACCUGCAGAGCCUCUCCUACACCUGGGAUUGCAAGCGUGAGGACUACCCGGCUCCCUGCUUCACGGGUGCCGACCAGGGCGACUCGACCUCCUCUCCCGGCGUGUGGCAGCUGGCCCCGGGCCUGCUGACCAGCGGCGUGCUGCACACCAUCACCGUGACGGUGUCCAAGGCAGUGUCGCAGGGCGCCUCGCCCCUCAGCGCCACCGCCUCGGUCAGCUUCAAGCCCCGGUCCACCGCCCUGCCCUUCCCCCGCGGCACCCUGUCUCGGCAGUGCAGUGCGGCAGAGUGUGCCAGCCCCCACAACACCGACAAGGACCUCACGCUCAUGCUCGUCAUGGAGUCGCAGUUUAGGGAGGCAACUGUCACCUGGUCAAGUGCUGAAAUCGACGGCAUUGCUGGCGUUAACGCCACCGCCGCGACCCUCACCGACGGCUCCCCCUCCGGCACCUACCUGCUCACCAUCCCCUCCGCCUACCUGCCCACCAACCUGGCGGCCGCAACCAUCACCGCCAAGAUGCUCCUCAACGGCCUGGACGGCUCAGCCAUGGUCACCGUGCCCCUCAACUCCGCGCCCGCCUGCACCCUCAGCGACACCGACGAUAACUCGGCCUGCCUCAGCGUCGAGCUCACCUCCAGCACCUUCCCCACCGCCGUCGCCUCCGUGCGCGCUCAGGGCUGGUCGGACGCGCAGGACACGCAACUCAGCUAUGAGUUUGGUCUGCGUGUGGCGAGGAGUGAUGGUGGCAGCGGCACGGAAGACCGAGCGCAGCAGCUGGGCGUGAUUUCCUCGGCAGCACUCGUGGGUCUGGCGCAGGGUAAUGUGACGGUGUACUGCUGCGCGAUAGACAGCCAGGGCUCGAGGACAUGUGGCUCAUCCGUGGCGGUCAUCUUGCCGCCUUCUGCAGACUUUGACGCCAUGUCGUCCCUGUCUAGCGUCGACUUGACACAGCUCUCGGAGUCCGGGGACCAGGCCAGCAUCAUCCAGGCGGCCGCCCAGAUUUCUCUGCUCACAGCCUACAUGGCUGCCUCCUCCGACACCGGCAGCAGCAGCAAGGUCGCCAGCGGUGCCAGCGCCAAGGCCUCCGACUCCGCCGUGCAGCUGGCCUCCAGCACCGCCACCACCCUCGUCACCGCCAUCCUGGGAGCUACCAACCUGGACGACGCGCAGCAGGCCUCUCUGGCUCUUUCCUCCAUCGCCACCACUGUCAGCAGCUCCGCAGGUCUGCUCAAUGACGCCGCCAAGAGCACCGUCCUGCAGGCCGCAGUCAGCAUCCUCCAGGGCGUGGUCGACGCGGGCGGCAGCGGCAGUACCAUCAGCUCUACCUUCUGCCAGCACAUCACCACACUGCUUGUUGCCUCCACACCGAGUAACAGCAGCAGUGCCACGACCGCGGCACUGCGGCUGCGACAGGAGGUGGCCUCGUCCAGCGCUGCGACCUCCCUGGAGUGGGUCAAGCAGACGCUCUCCCUCACGGCCAUGAUGGCAGACUCCCUGGGCAUGCAGGCCACACCCGGCGGCAACUACUUGACCGUGGGGGCCAGCGGAGUGUACGUCUCCGCAGCGGCGCUGUCUGUCCAAGGCAGUGGCACGUCUGCGAGCGUCACGUACACCAUCCGUGCCGGUGUGAAUGCAGCGCAGCAGCAAUACCUUACAUCCUCCGCGUCUUCCAAGGCGGCUGCCCGUCGGCGAGAUCUGCUGCAGCUGGGCGAGCCGAUGGUGGGGCAGCAGCCGCAGCAGGUCCUGCUGCAGCUGCCGGCAGAGCGACGGCGACGGGUGCUGGGGACAGCAUCCGCUACAGCGACAGCUGCAGCAGCAGCGACAGCGGGGGCUGUAGCAGCUGCUGCAACUGCAGCAGCGAGAGGGGGCGCGUCAUAUGGAUCUGUAUCACAGGAGCAGCAGCGACUCUUGCAGGUGCUGCGGGAGGAUACCGCCGCUCCGGAAAAUGGCAGCAAGCGACAUCACCGACAGCUGCUGGAGGCCACUUCCGCCCCACCACCUGCCACUCCCACCUCAUCCUCAGUGUCAAACUCCUCAGUAGCCGAGGCUCAGAUUGUCCUGUCCGGUGAUGCGGCCGUCAGUGCGAUCGGAUACAGUGUGGGUCUGUCGUACAUUACAGCUGCUGCAUCCGAGCUGCCUGCUGCCCUCGGCAGCGGGUUGCCAACCAACGUCACCCUCCGGAGCAGUCUCGUCAGCUUCACCUGGAAAGCCGCCUCCAGUGAUGCCGCUGCCUCGCCGCCCUCCCUGGACGGAAAUUCCAGCUACAUCCUGCUCCGCAUCCCAGUGACGGCCUAUGAUGUGACCAAGGUCGGCACGUGUGUGUUGUACGACAGAACGACGAACAAUUUGUACGGCAAUCUAACCGACCUCCAGCCAUCAACCUCCUCUCCAGCUACCUUCAUCAAGUACGAUGCAGCCAGCGGCUCUGUGAAUUGCCGUAUAACGACAGCAGGUGCGUACGUGGUCGCACAGGGCUCAGAAGCGGUUGCAGCACCGCCGGUAGCCGAAUCACCGCCUCCUCCUGCUGCUCCACCCGCCGGUUUGGUCGCGGAAAUUGGAGUAAUCCCAACCACCUUGCCGGACUACAGCAGCAAGAACCCCGUCGCCAGGCCUCCUCCACCGGGCGAGAGCAGUGGCAGGAAGCGGCACUACAACAAGGCCGCAGUGGCUGCGGGUACUGUUAUUGGUGGCGUCGCCUUGAUCGCGCUAAUCGCCGCUUAUUUAGUCAUACAGCGAAAGCGGGCUCUGGCGAAGGUUGCAGCAGAGCCGCCGGCAGCAGGGGGUGACUCUAGCAGCCCAACAUCGUCCUUGAGGCAGCCAGCAGCGGACAGGAGUUCAGGAAUUGUUCCUGCCGUGGAUGUGGAUACUCCUGCUGGGGCCGUGGCUACCGGCACUACUGCUAGGGCCUCCGGGGCUAUUGCUGGUGCGGGCAGUUCUUCUAUUGUUGUUCGUCCUGCUUCUGCCGGUGCUGCUGCUGGAAGUGUCGUCCUUGCUACCGCCGGUAUUGCUGCUACUGCUUCUGCUACCCUAGGUGGCUCCUCAUCGGCUGCGGGUACAGCUGCCGCGGAUGCCCCCACUCCUCAGCCGGCAGGUGGCAGCAGCAGGCCCACCACUCCCUCCCAGCAACCUCCUCUGGUAGCUUCCACAACAGCCACAGCCAAAGCAUCAGCACCGUCGCCGCGUAAUGAAGCAUCACAGAGCCCUCAGUCGCCUGCUGCAGCCUCCCCAAGUACAGUCGUCUCUCCAUUCCAGCCCGCCGCUCCCUCCCCUAGGCUGCCUCCCCUCCUGACCAUACCGCGCAAUGCAGCUGGCAACCUUUUUGUACGGCGUUCCACUGACAGUGUGUCAACCGCCGAACUAUCCCCCGGCGCUGAGCAUGCGCUGGCCUUCAUCACGCCUAACACUCCCUCGACAGCGGUGGAGGAUAUGCAAUCUCCAACAGUCGUGACAGCCAUACUACCACGCAACACGUCCGCUCGGGCGCCAGCCAGCUGUGAGGAUCAGGAGUAGCCCCCAUGUGUGGGAGUACAUCGGCUUGACAAUGAGGGGAAGUGUGGCCCAUUAGCGUAGCAUCAGUAACAAGGACUGUGCACACCGGCAGACGAGCAGCGAUGUAGUACUGUAUUCAGGCUUAUGAAGUCACAACGCAUUCGAUGGUUAGAUAACAGCACAUGUGUGAUUUUUCGAGAAUACUGGGGAUGCGGGAGGGGGCGAAGAUGAGAGCACGUGGGAAGAAGGCGAAGAUGAGAGCACGUGGGAAGGCAAUGGCUCCAUUUGGGCUCCCUGGAGUUGAGGAUACCUUGUACCUGGGGUUUGGCCAGGAGACGUUGGACUGAGCCAUCAUGCACACGCACAUUCCAGCAUGCACGCCUCAAAUGCACCCAUGUUGUUGGUUCCUGGGCCGCUACCGGCAGCCCGCUCAGGCCCGCUGCCUCCAAGCUCUUAGCGAUGUUUUUAUCUUGAACGUCAGGCGCAUAACGGGAGUGUGCAAGUCCCGAUUGUUGAUGCUGUGUUCAUUCCUUAGGGUUCUUCGUCAUGUGCGACGGGGAGACAUAUUUCGAUUACAGGCGGUAGACGACGGGUAAAGCAUACCACGGUUGCCCACUAUCCUCGAGCCCCGAAGUCAACGGGACCCUCGACUUACCAUGCUGCAUUUCCGGCUCUCGUGCGUCUCACUCGUCGGUUCUGAUUGACACAUGGUGUCGGGGACUGAAAAAAUAAUAAGAAGUAAAUCAGUACUGAUGUGGGUAGCCAAAGUUUGGUUUUCGUAAUCCGUCUCAGGGGUUACUUUAAACAUGGUUGCAUUACAGAACUUGAAAGUGUGCGGGGGUGGGUGCUUGGUUACACACAUGUACGGUACCUCGAGGGGGUUUCCUUGUCAACGUCUUACAUGGUGGCGUGGAUGUCUUCUGCCCUUGUUGUUGUUGAGAGGAAUCCUGCCCCUGCCUACAGGGAAGGAUCGAGAUGCUUCGAGCAUGCAGCUUACUGUUGGGACAAAUGGUAUCAGCUAGUGCAAAGAUGUUUCUUUCCGUGCGUGCGUGCGUUCCAGGUGCACCCUGUGCACCUGGGUGGGUUGUAUGAUUUUAGUUCGUCCCGUUGAUGUGUACAGCAUGCAUGGACGGCAGAGGCGGAGAUAUGCAUGUGUGAACUUGAGUUUCAGAGGUUCGUAGUAGGAUGUUGCGUUCCAUUCACGUACGCACGGCGGCUAUGUUGAUGUUCUUUCGCAGUAGUCAUUCAGCCUGCAACUAACCGGAGUACCAACACCCUCUUCAGGCAGGCAGCAGGUAGUAGGCAACAGCAGGUUCUGGCAUGCAUUCCUCCCAUUCAUUGGGUACUACGGUUCUUGCAGGUGUUUGUGCCAAAUGUUCGGCAGGUGUUUGCGCGUGUGUUGCGGCUUCUUAAUAAUACUUGUUAUGCAAAUUUCCCCUUCCUCCCGAUGGCAGCUCAUGUUCUGGUCUGCAUCCUAAAUGAUCAGGAACAGUGGCUAUUACAGUUUUGCAGUUUGUCGUUUGUGAUUGGCGGCGAGCGGUUGGCGUGACAAUCCUUUGCAGCGACCAUUGCAAUGACGCGUGGCGGCGUUGCGUGCGCCUGACAGCGCCCAUCGGUGCUAAUAUACUUAAGACAUCUGCUAUAUGUCCUAAAUGGAUGGUGCUAUUGCACGCGUUGAAAUUCAUCUAGCACGUACGCCUCAUCACCCAAUUGUGCGCAAUAGUUUGAGGAGUCCUGGUGGCGGUUCGGAGGUUUGUUGCGUUCGGAGGUUUGCCAAAUCCUUUAAAUAAUAAAGCUCUGCUUACGGGUUUGGGUGAAAAUGUACGUUGGAACGGCCUAAAGUUGUAAGUAGUAGUGGUACCGCUGUCACUCCUGCCUGGUGUGUAUCUGGUCCAAGUUCUCCA